GUGCCAUCCACAGUGCCAUUAUCAAGCUUGUAAGUCUGGAAAAAAUGUCUGUGUGUGUUGAAUGGACAGAAACUGACAGUAUCAAAGGGAAAGAGAUUGACCUUGAUGAUGUGAUAGCAAUAAAUCCAGAGCUGUUUACCUCUACAACAAUUACUGAUGUGAACAACAGCCUUCCUGUACGAGAUAAUGUAACUGCACAGAAACAAAAUCGCAGGACAACGCUCUCAAAAAUUCCUGCUCCAAGAGAAGCGUUGCGACUCCAGCCUUGUAAGAUGUCUGUCAUAGCAGAAUCGCAGAACAGCCCUUUAGAAAAUGAAAUGGAGGUGGAGUCCUCUGCUUCUGUAGCAACACGAAGCCGUUCCACUCUUCCUGUUGUGCGAUCUCGUACUACUAGAGCCAGUUAUUCUACUGAUAAAUGUAAUGUCCACCCAAAUGGUAAUGAAAUCUUAGAAGAACCUCCACAGUCUCUCAGAAUAGUUUCUUCUGCAAGUCAAGCCCGGAGGAAAUCUAACAUUGUGAAAGAGAUGGAAAAAAUGAAAAGCAAGCGGGAAGAAAAAAGAGCACAGUAUUCUGAGAUGAGAAACAAACGAGCACAGGAAUUUGACAGUAGCUGUCCAAACUGGGAAUUUGCAAAGAUGGUCAAGGAAUAUAGAGGCACGAUUGACUGCCGGCCAAUAUCAAUGAAUGAUCCCAUUGAAGAACAUAGAAUUUGUGUCUGUGUGAGGAAGCGACCCUUAAAUAAACAAGAACUUGGAAAGAAGGAAUGUGAUAUAAUCACUGUUGCCAACAGGAACACCAUCCUGGUGCAUGAACCAAAAGUGAAAGUGGAUCUGACAAAAUACCUUGAAAACCAGGCUUUUCGAUUUGACUUCUCAUUUGAUGAAACGGCUUCGAAUGAAAUGGUUUAUCGGUUUACUGCUAGGCCACUUGUGCAGACCAUCUUUGAGGGAGGAAAAGCGACAUGUUUUGCGUAUGGUCAGACUGGUAGUGGGAAAACGCAUACUAUGGGAGGAAACUUCUCUGGGAAAAUGCAGAAUGCUUCCAAAGGAAUAUAUGCUUUUGCAUCACAGGAUGUUUUCCUCCUUCAGAACCAGCCACGGUACAAGGCUCAAGGCUUUGAAGUCUAUGUAACAUUCUUUGAAAUAUAUAAUGGAAAGUUGUUUGACCUUCUAAACAAAAAAGCAAAGCUGCGCGUGUUGGAGGAUGGCAAGCAACAGGUCCAGGUGGUUGGACUGCAAGAAAUACAAGUGAGCUGUGCUGAAGAUGUAAUUCGGAUGAUUGAGAUGGGCAGUGCCUGCAGGACAUCUGGACAUACAUUUGCAAAUUCCAGUUCCUCGCGCUCCCAUGCUUGCUUUCAAAUUAUUCUGCGCAGAAAAGGAAAACUGUAUGGCAAGUUCUCCUUGGUGGACUUAGCUGGAAAUGAGAGGGGUGCAGAUACAUCCAGCGCUGAUCGUCAAACACGGCUUGAAGCAGCAGAAAUAAAUAAGAGCCUGCUGGCACUGAAGGAAUGUAUCCGUGCUCUAGGACAGAAUAAACCACAUACACCUUUUCGAGAGAGCAAACUCACUCAAGUGCUGAGGGACUCUUUCAUUGGAUCAAAUUCCAGGACUUGUAUGAUUGCCAUGAUCUCUCCAGGCAUGAAUUCUUCUGAAUAUACCUUAAAUACAUUACGAUAUGCUGAUAGAGUGAAGGAGCUUUCUCGCAAUGGAAUGGCUGGAGAGGCAAAUCUCAUGGAAACUGAAAGUGAGGAGCUGGAAAACAGUAAGGAAGGAUCAAACUGCCUUUCUGAGCAACUUUCCGAAGAUGAAUUGUCUCCUCAUUUAUCCAGUUUCCGUGAGGCUGUCACUAGAAUUAGUGAACUAGAGGAGAAGGCAAUAGAGGAAUUGAAGGAAGUCAGGGAGAAAAUGAACAACUGUAACUAUCUCCUGGAUAUGGCGGAACAAGCAGAAUAUGACCUGGAAGCAUUUGUGUACCAAGCCCAGUGCUUCAUACAUGAAGGAUCCCAAAGCUUCCUCAGUCUGAAAGAUACUAUGGAAGAACUAACUCUUGCCAUGCAGAUGGAAGAGCAAGCUAGCAAGCAUCUGAACAAGAGGCCAUUUCAGUAACCACCUACUUGUUAAAUGAAUGUUUUUUCUCUGAACUUUGUCUCGCUCCUUUGGUUUGGUGUUACUGCAUUUAAAAAGCAAGUAGAAGGUUCACCUAUC